GAGGCUCUCGUGCAAUGAAUGGCGCAGCACUGCCCGGCGAGCACCCUGAGGCUGCAGCCAAUGAGCUGCCUUGCCCGUUCCGCAGCCCCCUCGGGGCCGACCUCCUCUGCACGGUCGAGCAAGCCGAAGAGAUCAUCGGGUUGGAAGCAACCGGGUUUGGCACCGGAGACCAGCUCGAAGCCUUCAACUACAUCCCGGUGGACCACGCCGUGGCGGUGGAAUGCGACGAGCAAGUCCUGGGGGAAUUCGAAGACGUCAACCGAAGGAUCUAUGCCUUGAACAAGGACCCGCCCACCUUCUGCCGGCCACGGAAGGGUUCCGACAAGUGAGCGUCGGGCCCCGGAGCCACAGUGGCAGCAGCACAUUACCAAGUCGCCUGGGCCACCCACGCAUUAAACAAGAGACCGUCUCCAGCGAUCUGUCCACAGGGCAAGUUUGACUCUAGGCGAGGUAGUUGACCACUGGCGAGCGUGUUUUUCGACUGCACUAAUGUCCAAGCAAGUUUUGGAGUCCGCUCGUGAUUCCCGACGAAAUGCAUUUUGGAGUUCAGAUGUCUGACUCUCGCUUUCUACAUUGUAUACUGAA